CCGUCGUGCAGGGGGGAGCGACGCAUGCGAAGGACGCCGGUACUGUGUGAAACUGACAAACAUUACUGUACAGCAGUCGAUCAUAUUCUUUGGUGAGUUUUUUUUUUUUGAAAUUUGUAAUAUGGCUUACAAAAUUUCAAGUUUUUAACUAAAUUAUUGAUGAUAAUAUGCUUUGAAUCCGAUAAUACCUCAACCAUCAACAAUGGAUUCUGGAUUAACGCGUUUCGCUUUAUUGAUUGUCCUUUUCUUGUUGUUGACUGGUGAUAUAACAAGUAUGCUUAGAAGUUUUUUGGACGAAUCUGGAUAUAGUAAAUCUACUACAAAAACAAACUUAGCUACUAAAGGAACAAACGAAGAAGCAAAUUCAGACAUAGAAUCUUUAGCUAAAUCUUACUCAAACAGAGUAAAGUUGAUUAACAUAAUCAAGGAAUCUUGCCUACCGAAACUGAUUUGUGAACUGACGGCAUCAUCUAAUAGAGAUUCAUUGACAGAAUCUGAAAGAUAUCUAUUGACACUGAUAAGAGAUACAUCUAUAUCGUUGACAGCUGAAGUGACAUCGAAAUACCAUUUUGCGGCACAUAUGGGACAACUAAUCAACGGUAUAGACAACUCGGGAUGUCAUAAUUUCUAUCCGAGUUGUCCAUAUCCUGGUCUUCAAGUGAUGCAAAUGAUGAAAAAAGUGAAAAUAUUAUAAUUAACAUCAAAAGAAAACACGUCUAGUCUUUAUUAUAAUAAUAAUUAAUAUUGUAAUACAGCGUUGUUAUCGAGCACGGUCCGCUCGAAUCGAGUGUCAAAUUAUUUUUGGAAGUUACCUUUUUAUUUUUUUUUAACGUAGCUUAAAAAGCUGGAUUUGAAACAACUAUAUUUUGAAUAUUGUAUAAAUUAAAAUAAUAGAAUGAUACAUUAGUGUAUUCACUUGUCAUUUUUAUAAUACAUAUAAAUAACUUUUAGUUA